AUGAAGCGAGAGCUCGCCGAGUCCGACAAUGACGAGAAGCCUCCUCUCCCUCCCAAACGUGCAAGGCCUUUGUCCAGCGCAGAGCGCCAGGAACGCCAGAGCGAUGCCGAGAGCAGCGAGGAGCCCGACUACCUAACAAUGGCCUUACCAGAUGAGGUCCCUGAACACGAGUUCCCUGGGCCAGAGGGACCCAAAGCACCUUCAAGUGACUUCCCUGGUCCCAAGAAGGACCAUGCACACCAAAAAGCUGCAGCGCUUAUGCCGAAGGGGUUUGCCAUGAUGAACAAGAUGGGCUUCAAGAUGGGAGGGGCCCUAGGAAAAGGCAGUGGAACGGCCAUCACAGAGCCAAUAGCUGUGGCCCGGAACACCAAGCGCCAAGGUAUCAAACGGACCAGCUCUCUCAUCUCGCUCGACGAGCCUUCGCUGGAAGACGUGACGAGCUACCGUAAACGGGUCCAAGACAAUGGCGGCAGGGCUAGGAAAGCUAGAGUGCUCCACAGGAUGCAAAAAACUGCUUUCGAGCUCAGUGGCGACAUUGAGCGCUUCACGGUUGAUAGCGACCCGCGAGACUACAACUGUCUGUGGCGAGAAUACGUCGUUGAAUUGAAGCGGAAACUAAAACCCAAAACCAGCGAAGAAGCGCCGCACCUUCACGAGCUGAGUACCAGCGUAAGCAAGAAACUUGAAGAAGAAGUCGAAGCGAAUAGUUCCGACUCGUCCUCCCCAGAAGCCACUCCUUCAGCGAGCGCCAGCGCUUCGCCAGGCCCCACCAUCGCCAAGACAACCGGUUCCUCAGAAGAUGACGAACUUGCAAUCUUCCAAGAGCUGCCACUCGACCAACAGAUCACUGGGAUCAAUAUCCACCUCAGGGUCGAGCUGAACUAUUGCUUCUACUGUGGGGUCCAGUUCGAAAGUGAAAAAGAUCUCUUUGAGCACUGUCCGGGGUCAACAGAAGAAGACCAUCAAUAG